ACUAGAUCAUGUUAGCAUGUUGGUACCCUCUAUCCCUACAUUCUCACCACACCAUUCAUAUAUAUAAAUUCCAAAGCCAAUCAAAACUUUUUCCUUGUAAAGAUAGGAACAUGGAUAUCGAUACUCGAAGUUGUGUAGAAGAACAUAGUGUCACAAUUUGGGAGGUCAAGAGGGAUCGACUCACGGCGAUGCAACACAAACUCUCCGACACACCCAAACUUCUUAGCGUCGCGGCUGGCCGGGCCACUUGCUCCAUCUUCAAAGUCCCACAAACGUUAAUCAACGUCAAUGGUAAAUCAUACCAACCCACCAUCGUCUCCAUCGGACCAUUCCACCACGGUGAGCCACACCUCGAGAUGAUCGAGGAGCACAAGUGGCGGUACCUCCGCCAGUUACUAAACCGAAUACAAGUUAAAGGGAUGGUCCUGGAGGACUUGCUGAGGGCCGUGCAACCGCUUGAGCUCACGACCCGAGAGUGUUACUCCACGACCAUCCCUUACAAUACCGAUGAGUUCAUCGAGAUGUUGGUGCUCGAUGGUUGCUUUAUAAUUGAGCUUUUUAGAAAGAUUGGUGAAGUGGUGGAGGCUGGCGACUCUGACCCACUUUUUAACAUGCCGUGGGUCUUUUCAUUUUUCUUACGGGAUGUGAUUCGUCUGGAGAAUCAGAUCCCAUUUUUCGUUAUCGAGCGUUUGUUCGAGUUAACGAAAACUCCAAAUAGCCCAACGCUGGUAAAACUAGCGUUGGACUUCUUCAAUAAGGCCGUACAAAGACCCGAUAGCAUUUUGGAGAAAUACCACUCCAACAUCAAACCCAAGCACUUGCUCGACCUUCUUCGGUCAAGUUUUCUUCCACACGAUCUCGAACACUCAACAAAACCCGACAACCGCCCACCACCACAUAUAAUUCACAACAUCUCAAAGCUCCAACGAUCCGGAAUCAAGUUAAAGCCAAGUGAAGCCGAAAGCUUCCUCGUGGUUAACUUCAAACACGGUGUAAUCCAUAUGCCGCCUAUAACAAUCGACGAUUUCAUGUGCGCGUUUUUAUUAAAUGCGGUUGCAUACGAACAAUGUCAUAGUGGAUGCCCAAAAAUAUUUACAACUUAUGUUACAUUGGUAGAUUGCUUGAUCAACACAUCUAAAGACGUGGGGCUAUUAUGCGAUUGGAACAUUAUCGAAAACUAUUUAGGUACCGAGGCCGAAGUUGCAACGUUUUUCAACAAUAUGGGAAAGGACAUUUCGUUUGAUAUCGAUGUGAGUUACUUGGCUCGAUUAUUCGAUAAUGUGAACCGCCGUUAUCGUAGCCGGAGGCACGUUCAAUGGGCAAGUCUUAGAUACACGUAUUUUAACACACCAUGGUCGUUUAUAUCCGCGUUGGCUGCUUUCCUUUUGUUGAUUCUAACCGUUGCGCAAACAGUUUACACGAUCCUUGGCUACACUCGUUCUUAAUCGGUCACGAUCAUCAAAUGUAUAGUCUUUUAAUAUUUUGUGUUAUUAAUAUGAGGUUGUUGGUAGUUUGCCAUAGAGUUGAAGUGUGUAUAUUUAUAUUGUUAUAUGCAUUAUUGAGGGAGAGCGAAAGCACUUAUUUUUUUUAACGGAAACG